UUGUUUUGGCUUGAAACCGUUUCACUUGAUGCAAAAUACCCACGUCAACUUCAACCGGAAGAGUAGAUGUUUUGAAAUCAUUCGCAAUUCGUGUUAUAAUGUCAUAAUGUCACAUAUUAUUAUUUCUCUAGUUUACUGACCUCAUACUGAAUGCGAAUGUGAUCAUUGACCCCAAAUCGUGUCAUAUGAUGAUUUGACAUGGACACGGAAAAAGAAACAUUAUAGCGUCUAUGUAUGGUUUGCCAUAUUUUGUUAAUAAAUGUAACCUUCUUAAAGGGGCACUGAUCUAACGCAAUUCCCCGGACUGGUUACUGUUUAAGUCAUGAGGAAAUAUCUGUUUGUGACAUUUAGCCAAAGAUAUUUGCACUGGCAUCGCAAGAUUGUUUCAUGGCGAGUCGCCAGGGAAAGUGGGUCAGAGGGAGACGUGGGUCAAAGGUGGCCCAGGCGGAGAAUCGUUAACAACAUGGCGAGCACAGCACUAAGCAGGGAUAUUCCUGACAUCGAGAAUAUCCUGUCCCUGAACCCACGGGUGACAACUCAUGCCAAUGCUGUCCCCAGCGCUGUCACCAAGACAGCCAAGAAGCUCUGGAAGAGGAACCAGGACAAGUCUUGCUCUAGUUGUAACAACUUGGUGAAAAACUUUGACGACAUCAAACACACGACACUUAGCGAACGCGCUGCACUUCGGGAGUCAGCACGAUGUCUCAAAUGUGCCGACGCCCCCUGUCAGAAGAGCUGCCCCACCCAGCUGGAUAUAAAGACGUUCAUCAGCUGCAUCUCUACAAAGAAUUACUAUGGUGCUGCCAAGGCCAUCCUGUCAGACAAUCCUCUUGGGUUGACCUGUGGCAUGGUGUGCCCGACCUCUGACCUCUGUGUCGGAGGUUGUAACCUUGAUGCCUCUGAAGAAGGACCAAUCAACAUCGGCGGCCUCCAGCAGUUUGCCACUGAGAUAUUUAAGACCAUGAACAUACCUCAAAUCCGUGAUCCGAGCUCAGUCCCUAUUGACCAAUUACCUGCCAGCUACAAGUACAAGAUUGCCUUGAUUGGCUGUGGCCCAGCCAGCAUCAGUUGUGCCACAUUCCUUGCUCGACUUGGAUACAGUGAUGUCACAAUAUUUGAGAAAAAUGAGUAUUUGGGAGGUCUCAGCACGUCAGAGAUCCCCCAGUUCCGGUUACCCAUCAGUGUUGUCGACUUUGAGAUCCAGCUGAUGAAGGACUUAGGAGUCAAGGUUGAGACAGGUAGAUCCCUCAGCACCAAGGACAUCACCCUCAAGUCACUGCAACAACAGGGCUACAAGGCUGUCUUCAUUGGAAUGGGCCUGCCAGACCCCAAGAAGAUCCCAAUAUUUGCUGACCUCACGGAAGACAUGGGUUUCCAUACGUCCAAGAGUUUUCUGCCAAGGGUGGCAGCAGCAAGCAAAAGUGGCAUGUGUUCAUGUAAGACACAGCUACCUCAACUCCAUGGCAAUGUCAUCGUCCUCGGAGCAGGAGAUACAGCGUUUGAUUGUGCAACAUCGGCGUUGAGAUGUGGUGCUAAACGCGUGUUUGUUGUCUUCAGGAAAGGCUUCACCAACAUCAGGGCUGUUCCUGAAGAGAUGGAGCUAGCAAAGGUGGAGAAGUGUGAGUUCAUGCCGUUCAUGUCACCCAAACAAGUGUUGACCAAAAAUGGCCGAGUUAGCGGGAUGGAGUUUCUGCGAACUGAGCAGAAUGAUGCCGGAGACUGGGAGGAGGAUGAAGAGCAGCUUGUCCGAGUGAAGGCCGACUUUAUCAUCUCUGCCUUUGGAUCUGGACUCACUCUGGAGGAUGUGAUUCAAGCCUUGGACCCCAUUAAACUGAACAGAUGGAACCUGCCAGAAAUGAACGACAAAACAAUGCAGACAUCCGAACCGUGGGUGUUCUGUGGCGGUGAUAUUGCUGGGGUAGCUCAGACGACGGUGGAGUCCACAAAUGAUGGGAAGAUCGCUUCCUGGCACCUACAUAGAUACUUGCAGAGUCGAGAUGAAGUCAUUGUUGCCCCAGAGCCAAGUCUGCCCAACUUCUUCACCCCUAUAGACGAGGUUGACCUGAGUGUGGAGAUCUGUGGUCUCCGCUUCCCCAACCCCUUCGGCCUGGCCAGUGCCCCGCCCACCACCAGCAGCCCCAUGAUCCGAAGGGCCUUCGAGGCGGGAUGGGGGUUUGCCCUGACCAAGACAUUCUCCCUCGACAAGGAUAUUGUGACCAAUGUGUCCCCCCGUAUUGUCAGGGGAACCACCUCAGGUCACCUUUUUGGACCAGGUCAAGGGUCGUUCCUCAACAUCGAGCUGAUCAGUGAGAAGACCGCAGCCUAUUGGUGCUCCAGUGUCACUGAACUCAAGAAGGACUUCCCAGACAGGAUUGUGAUAGCCAGCAUCAUGUGUGGCUACAGCAAGGAGGACUGGACACUGCUGGCCCAGAUGGCCGAGAAAGCAGGGUCGGAUGCUCUGGAACUCAAUCUAUCCUGUCCCCACGGUAUGGGAGAGAGAGGCAUGGGGCUGGCCUGUGGACAGGAUCCCGAAUUGGUGCGAAAUAUUUGCCGGUGGGUGAGAGAGGCCAUCAAGAUCCCAUUCUUUGCAAAGCUGACCCCAAAUGUGACCAGCAUCGCUGUCAUAGCUGAGGCUGCGUACGAAGGUAAAGCUGACGGAGUGACUGCCACAAAUACUGUCUCCGGUCUGAUGGGAUUACGGAGUAAUGCUACUGCCUGGCCCAGCAUUGGCAAGGAACAUCGCACCACAUAUGGAGGUGUGUCUGGCAAUGCUAUCCGACCAAUUGCACUGCGUGCAGUGUCUGACAUUGGCCGCCACCUCCCUAACUUCCCUAUCCUGGCCACUGGUGGAAUAGACUCAGCUGAUGCAGGACUGCAGUUCCUUCAGGCUGGGGCUUCUGCUCUACAGGUAUGCAGUGCUAUACAGAACCAGGACUUCACGGUGGUGCAGGACUAUAUAUCCGGGCUGAAGACCCUGCUGUAUCUGCAAGGCAUUGACCAGCUGGUCAACUGGGAUGGCCAGAGUCCUCCGGUCCCAAAACACCAGAAGGGAAAGCCCGUGCCCCGGGUUGUCGACCUCAUCGGAAAACAUCUGCCAUCAUUCGGUCUGUACAUGAAAGAACGGGAUGAAGCUAUAGCAAAGGUGAAGGUCAAGGCCGACUUGCUGGGGAAUGACAACAAACUGGUACCUCUCCGACCAGCAAAUGCGCCAAAGAAGUCUGUGCCCUCUGUGAAGGAUAUGAUUGGUAAAGCUCUCCCGAUGAUCGGCACUUACAAUGACCUUGACAACAAACAGCAAGUAGUUGCCUUGAUAGAUGAGGACAUGUGCAUCAACUGUGGCAAGUGCUACAUGACCUGCAACGACUCCGGUUACCAAGCCAUAGAGUUUGACCCUGAGACGCAUCUCCCUCAUGUAACAGAUGACUGCACAGGCUGUACCUUGUGCUUAUCCGUGUGCCCGAUCAUGGACUGCAUCACAAUGGUCAAGCGAGAAAUCCCCUACAUCCCCAAGCGUGGCAUAUCCCUCAAUGUCAGCAACAUCUCCGCUCCAGCUGUCGUCUUGGCAACCAACUAGAGAGACAUGCCAACAUAAGUCCAGAUGAAGUCUGCUUCCUUGAAAUAACAUUUACAACAAUCAUGUCUUUUGAAAAACAUACAGUACUAUUUGAAGCCAGUUGUAAAAUCGAAAUAUUGCCUCUUAAAUAUUUUAACCACAUAUGGAUAAGACGUUCAUCUAUACAUUUCUGUAUGUUAGUGUGCUAUCGUAUUUACUGUAACAAGGGAACUUAGGAAAUUGGCAUAAACAAAAGGAGCGAGGAGACUUAUUAAUACCUUACACAAGUUAAAUUUGUUUUUAGACAUCAAGCUUUAGUGAACUAACUCAGAACAAACUUCAAUGAAACAAACUUUUUCCAGAAUAAUUACUUGACAUUUAUCUACCUUGAUAUGCAGCUGUUUCCUGCAACAUAUCUGAAAUAUACACAAGAACAUACAGACUGUCAUGACAGUUUUCGCUCUUAGUCAGAGCGCAUAUAUAGAUUAAUUACAAUUUGGCCUAGAAGUUGUUCAGGUGAAUAUGGUAAUUAUUUAGCAAAUGGAUAAAAUGUGUGCAUUUACAUAUUUCCCUCAGUUUCCAACAUGCAUUUCAUUUCAUGGAUGAUGUGAUACAGUGCUAUGAUGUCAUGAAACGAGGUUACACAGCUUUGCAAUAAUUCCAUUCACUUUUGUUGUAAGCAAUGAUAUAUGAUGCCAUUUCUUUAACGUUUAGUCCAUUAUUCUCAGCUUUAUCGUUUCAUCUUGACAAUGGAUUUACCGGUACUUAAAAUAUGUUGUUAAGGGAUUUCUGAUACACGACUUGAACAUUAUAGUUAUAGGUGCAAAAUGGGAUUUCAAGUAUGUGAUGUAAAUUUGAUAUUGAUAUCACUAAGUUUGCCUGUCACCUUAAAGUAAAUUGGGACAAGAAUCUCUCUGUUGACAUUAUUAGGAUUACCCAUACACUAGCAUAAACUAUUUACGCUGUAAGAAACAAGAUACUGCUGUCCUGUGUUUGGGAGUAAUUUUGUACACGCAACUGCCGUGAAUGAAUGAGGUGCACAUCAUAUUGGGGUCAUUCAGAUAUCUGCCCAAAAUUGAGAACGCAGCAGACUAUUAAGAAAACACCAUAGGAAUAAAGGCAAAUCAGCUGUAUGUGAGGAAAGUGUUAGCUAGCAGUGUUGUGUUUGAGUUUUGUUGUCAACAAUACAUCUUUGAAAAAGUUCUCAGGGAAGUGGUGCUGAUGGUGUAUUAGAAUAUCAACUUGAGGCCAUACAAGGGAAUGCAUGCUUCUUUUCCUGUUCCCACUUAAUACAUACAUGCACAAGUACGCAUCAAAAUAUGUAUGAACAUACACAUCCAAAUGACAUCUUUGAAUUUGUUAUGACAGUUGACUUAAUAGUGAUGGAGUCUGUGUCGAAAGGCAACAAUAUGGAUAUAGUUAUAGUCAUUGGAAAUUGAGACCAUGCCUUAUGAACUGGAUAUGAAAAGCUAAAGAGGACAUAUUAAAACAAUUACAAACAAAUCUGACAUAAAAAGAAUGUUAUGUAUGUAGAUUUUAUGAUGAUUGUUAUAAUUGUUUUUUGUGAGAAGAAUAUCUGUAUUAAUGUACUAUUCCUUCAGCUUAAUGAGGGUUAUUUUUUUUUCAGUAUUCGGAAUAUAUGGUCAAAUGCAUGGUAUAAAUAUGUAUAUGUUAACAUUUGUUGAUUUUCCUUGUGGUUGAUUGUUAGAACUGUUGCAUGCGUCCACAAUCAUAUGUUGAUCUCUGAUGGAGAAUCGCUCCUCUCAAGUCAAGUGCUUGUUGAGUAUGUUAGUAUGACCUAGCCCAGGAUGUCAUUGCUUCCUUCUGCUGUAUGUAGUGUGUGUGUCAGGGUAGGUCAUGUACAGUAACAGGCUCUAUACGGGCCAGUUUGUUGUCGACUACCUUCCAUGUAGCGGUCGUAGAGCUACAACUAGCGUAAGUCUAAACAUAUGGGAGUUACAACAAUCACCCCACCAUGGUAGCAUUGUGGUAAACUCACCAGUAUUUGGAUCACCGAUUCAACAUUGAAACAAAUGAAAAAUGGUGUACGUAAAAAUGUCCUUUAUAAACAAUUUUUUUUAGUAAUUUGUGAUUUGUGUUAAUUAGUAUUCAGGAUUUGGGGGUGAGCAAUGAGACUCAGAGUGAACAAUAAGAUGGUAUUUGGAAUUCAAGUGAGGGGCUCAGUGGUAAGAUCGCUUUGUCAGAGACACCUCCGGUAGCUAAUGUGAUAAACUCAUUUCACAGAGAGGCCUUAGUGACAUGUCAAUCAUGGUAUGUGUAUUGUAGUAACACAGUCUCUUACUGUUCCUUGCCCAACUUCAAAUGGUACUCACAGCUUUAUAUCUAAUACAUGUUGUUUUCUGUACAAUUUGAGUUUCCAAUUGUGCAUAAGUUUUGCUUAUGAUCAAGGCAUUCAUUACAAUCUGUUUCAGCUCAUCGUUUACGUACCAUUUCAUGGUUUGAAGUGAGCUCAAUAUUCCCAGCAUGCAGAGUUUUACUGAUUCUUGACCUUCAGAUAACCUUGACCUUCAGGAUAUACAUGACCUUCAAACAACCUUGACCUCUUGACAUUAAUCCAGUGUAUAGAUCUUCUAUACUCCCUCUUGUAACUCAGGUGAAGUUAGGAAUCACUGACAGUGCUGCAUCAGUUCAUCUGGUCAUAUGUCAUGUGAGUUUGGUGUGACAAGUUGUCCUGUGUCAUCUGUAAAUGUUUCAUACGUUCAACUUCUCCAGAACUGCAUGACGGAUUGAGCUGAAAGUGUGCCUUAUACCCAGAGAAUCCAACGCCUUCAGAUCUGAAGCCUUGUUAACAAUAUUGUAAAGUAGUUUACAGAUCCAAGCAUCAUCUUCAAUUAGAUUGCAUCAUGGUAGAUGAUCUUGGUAAUAAUAUUUGCUGUUGUUUAUUCCAUGAAAACAACUGAUACAGUGAUUCUGAAAAUGUUCAUGGUGAUUACACCUGUUUUCUCUCACCAAAUCAUAAAUUGGGAUGGAAUUUUUUUUGAGACAAUGUAAUACCAAAAGGCUAAGUGUACACCGUGACAUUUGAUUUGUGCAAGGCGAACUUCUCAGUAAAGUCUUUUUGACAUUUUUCCCAAUUUAUAUUACUAGUUUACCAGACAGGUAAUUAUGUAAAUACUUGGCAUCAUGCAUGUUUUGACCUAUACAUGAAACAGGAAUCCAGUAGAGCAUUCACACUGCUUAUACAAAUAUUCAAGACACAAUUUUGGGGUCUUUUAUAAUAUUGACUUGUGGUUGAUCUAUGUGUCACCUGACCUCCAUAAUCUCAAAUCAGUGACAUAUUGGGGAAUAUGUAUGCAAAUGUAGACAACUGGCAAUAAAAUCAUACAUAGAUAG